AUGCGGACACCUGCUCCUCUGCCCUCGCUGGGGCUGACUGAGGCUUGCCCCACGGCCAGCUCCUGUUCCUGGCCUGCCAUGUGUGUUAAACUAGCAAAAAGGAUUUUUCUCACCUUGGACAUAACUGUAUCUGGGGAGCGGGCCUCUUCUAGUGGCACCGUGGAAGCAGGUCCGAGAAGAAAGUGGAAGCCGCUGAUGGGCACAGGUGCCCGGCCAAAACAGACCUGCCGGGCCAGGCACCUGGUGCCGCUGCCACCUGGGGGAUGUGGGGGCCGCUGCUCAGCGGAGCCAGUUGACGUCUUGAAAGUGAUGCAGCUGCAGAAGCAGCCUGAGGGGGUCCGUAAGACACCCAGCUUCUGCCCCCAGAGGCGCGCAGGAUCGGGGCCAGAGACAGCCUUCCGCAUAUCCAGGCGGGCCCAGAUCAGCGCCCCGACACGGCAGCUCUUCCCAGGAAAAUUCCCCGAGGACUUCUCCAUCAUGGCACUGCUGAAAGCCCGGCCGGGCCUCCGGGCAUUCCUGCUCUCCAUCUACGACCAGCACGGCGUGCAGCAGCUGGGCGUGGAGCUGGGCCGCUCCCCCCUCUUCCUCUACCGGGACCAGGCCGGCCGCCCCGCACCCGAGGACUACCCCAUCUUCCGUGGGGCCAACCUGGCUGAUGGCAAGUGGCAUCGGGUGGCUUUCAGCGUCAACAAGAAGCAGGUGACCCUGGUCCUCGACUGCAAGAAGAAAGCCACGGUGCCGCUGCCUCGGGGGAACAAGCCAGUGGUGGACACGGGAGGCGUUACCGUCUUCGGGACCCGGAUCCUGGAUGAGGAGUCCUUUGAGGGAGAUAUCCAGCAGCUGCUGAUCUCCCCCAGCGCCCAGGCUGCCUACGACUACUGCGAACGCCAUGGCCCAGACUGUGGGGGCCCCCCCCAGAAGGCCCAAACCCAGGAUGCUCAGCAGAGGCCCCCCAGGCCUGAGACACCAGCCAAGGCAAAGCCCCCUGUCAGCGCCAAGCCAAAGCAGCCCCAGAAGCGCCAGCUGCCCAGCACGCUGCCCACUGCUGCUAAGACCAGAGCCCUGGAGGGGAAGCAGCCUGGCAGUGCCAAGAACCCCCGCGAUGGGAAAGCGCUCGGCAACGGGAAGGUCUCAGGUGGCGGAAAGCCUCCCAGCAGGAACAGCCCCAGUGCCAAGGCAAUUUCGGGCGGGAAGGCUGCGGUGAAAAAGGCAGGGGGCCAGGGCCAGGGCAGUUCUGGUGCAGCCCGGGGGCCAAGAAGCAGCUACCAGCAGGAUGUGGGUCCUCUUGCCACCGAACACCUCAGCCACACCCCACCUCCUGAGGCUACUUCCUGGAAGAGGAUCCCCCCAGGGGAGGCCUUGCCUCCUGCCCUCUCAUCGCCAUGGGCGGAGACACGUUCCCUUUCCUUGGCUAACAUCUCGCUGGGUUCCUGCCCUGCCCGGGGCCAGGAGGAGGCACCCGGCCUGCAGAUGACCAAGGAGGAGGUGUUCGCGGACGAGGGUGUGCCAGGCGUGGGUCUGGACCGUGGAUACAUCGAUCAGAACCCCGGCGAGAUGGGCCCCGUGCGCUCAGCCCAGGCCCCAUACAGCGGAGUCGCAAUGCGUGGGGCCCGAGGCUUGAAGGGAGAGAAAGGCGAGCCGGCUGUUUUCGAGCCUGGGAUGAUAGCGGCGGGCCCCCCUGGCCAUGAAGGAUCCCCGGGCGUGAGCGGACCGCCCGGCAUCCAGGGAAUGCCUGGACCUCCCGGUGACCCCGGGGAGAGGGGUCCCCCCGGACGGCCCGGGUUCCCUGGCUCAGACGGGCGCCUGGGGCCCCCCGGCACCUCCAUGAUGCUUCCGUUCCGUUUCGGGAGCACCGGAGGCCAGAAGGGACCCGUCGCGAUGGCGCAGGAGGCCCAGGCCCAGGCAUUCUUGCAGCAGGCCCGCAUGGCCCUGCGUGGCCCUCCAGGACCGAUGGGGUACACCGGCCGCCCUGGGCCCAUGGGUCAAGCUGGCGGCCCCGGUGUGAAGGGAGAGCUUGGAGAUUUUGGCUCCCAGGGGCCCCGGGGGCCACAGGGACUGACUGGCCCCCCAGGAAAGCCCGGCCGCCGAGGCCGGGCUGGUGCAGACGGGGCACGAGGGAUGCCUGGAGAGGCUGGCCCCAAGGGCGACCGGGGCUUCGAUGGGCUGCCCGGUCUUCCAGGAGACAAAGGAUACCGGGGUGACCCCGGUGCGCAAGGCACCUCUGGACCCCCAGGCGAAGAUGGAGAGAGGGGAGACGAUGGUGAAAUCGGGCCCCACGGCCUUCCCGGAGAACCGGGACCGAGAGGUUUGCUUGGCCCCAGAGGGCCCCUGGGGAUCCCAGGGCCACAGGGCGGGCGUGGCGUGGACGGCCCCCACGGACCGAAGGGCAGUCUGGGUCCGCAGGGGGAGCCAGGCCCCCCUGGCCAGCAGGGGACUCCUGGGACUCAGGGCUUGCCAGGACCGCAAGGGGCCAUGGGCCCCCCUGGGGAAAAGGGCCCCCAAGGGAAACCCGGCCUUCCAGGAAUGCCCGGCUCUGACGGCCCCCCGGGCCACCCGGGCAGAGAAGGCCUUCCAGGCACCAAAGGCAACCCGGGCCCCUCUGGCCCCCAAGGUCUGGUGGGCUACCCGGGUCCUCGUGGAGCAAAGGGUACUGACGGCAUCCGUGGCUUGAAAGGGCAAAAAGGCGAGAAGGGUGAAGAAGGAUUUCCAGGCAUUAAGGGUGACCUGGGGUUGAAAGGUGGCGGGGGAGAGGUGGGCGUCCCGGGGUCCCGCGGGGAAGAUGGACCCGAAGGCCCCAAGGGACGGACCGGCCCUCCUGGAGAUCCCGGCCCUCCUGGACUGGUGGGCGAGAAGGGCAAACUGGGGGUGCCAGGUCUCCCCGGAUAUCCUGGCCGACAAGGCCUCAAGGGCUCCCAAGGCUUCCCCGGCUUCCCCGGGGUGAACGGAGAGAAGGGGGUUCGGGGUCUCUCUGGGAAGAUGGGACCCCGAGGCGAACGAGGACCCUCCGGCCCCAGAGGACAGCGGGGGCCACGAGGAGCCACCGGGAAGCUGGGAGCAAAGGGCACCUCUGGCGGUGAAGGGCCAGCUGGGCCCCUGGGCGAACGGGGGCAUCCAGGACUGCAGGGGCCGAACGGAUUCCCUGGGCCCAAAGGCCCCCCGGGCCCCCCUGGGAAGGAUGGGAUGCCUGGCCACCCAGGACAGCGGGGAGAAGUGGGACUGCAAGGCAAGGCUGGGCCCCCAGGCGGCCCGGGCAUCGUGGGGCCACAGGGUCCUGUGGGAGAGACGGGCCAGAUGGGGGAGAGGGGCCACUCGGGCCCCACUGGACCGCCGGGAGAACAAGGCCUGCCUGGGCCCUCCGGGAAAGAAGGGACCAAGGGGGACCCCGGACCCGUCGGAAGCCCAGGGAAGGACGGUCCAGCGGGGCUGCGAGGCUUCCCCGGAGAGCGUGGCCUUCCUGGCACAGCGGGUGGGCCUGGGCUCAAAGGCAACGAGGGACCUGCCGGCCCCCCAGGACCUGCGGGAUCUCCAGGGGAGAGGGGGCCCCCAGGAUCGGGAGGCCCCGUUGGGCCCCCAGGCAGACCUGGCCCUCACGGGCCACCUGGACCAGCUGGAGAGAAGGGCGUGCCUGGUGAAAAAGGGCCCCUUGGCCCCACUGGCCGUGAUGGUGCACAGGGCCCUAUUGGCCUGCCUGGCCCCGCAGGACCGCAUGGGGGCCCGGGCGAGGAUGGCGACAAGGGAGAAGUGGGGGACCCAGGUCGCAAAGGCCCCAAGGGGGGCAAAGGCGAGCAGGGUCCCCCUGGCCCCUCCGGCCCACUUGGUCCUCUUGGGCAGCCGGGCGCUGCGGGUGCUGAUGGUGACCCUGGAGCAAGGGGCCCCCAGGGCCAUUUUGGCACAAAAGGGGACGACGGCACGCGAGGAUUCAACGGGGCACCAGGACCGAUCGGCUUGCAGGGGCUGCCCGGACCGGCCGGGGAGAAGGGGGAGACCGGGGACGGCGGACCCCUGGGACCUCCGGGGCCCCCAGGACCACGAGGCCCGGCUGGGCCCUCUGGAGCUGAUGGUCCACAAGGCUCCCCAGGAGGGAUUGGAAACUUGGGUCCCCCGGGACAAAAGGGUGAGCCGGGAGAGCAGGGUGGACCCGGAGUUCCCGGAGAGCCAGGCCUGAAGGGCCCACGGGGCGAACAAGGAGAGAAAGGGGAAGCUGGAACCGCUGGUGUGACUGGCCCCCCUGGAGGGAAAGGCCCCCCUGGAGAUGAUGGGCCCAAGGGGAAUCCUGGCCCAGUCGGUUUCCCUGGAGACCCCGGACCCCCUGGGGGAAUCGGACCCCGGGGCCAAGACGGAGCCAAAGGCGAGCAAGGAGAAGAUGGUGAACCUGGAGAGGCGGGGUCUCCAGGCCCAACCGGUGAGGGUGGUUCUCCUGGGCCUCUCGGGAAGAGGGGCCCUGCUGGAGCCCCUGGCCCCGAGGGACGGGAGGGGGUGAAGGGCAAGAAGGGGGAAUCAGGUGCUCCUGGGCCCCCUGGCAAAACCGGGCCCAUGGGACCCCAGGGGACUCCUGGGAAACCUGGAACGGAUGGCUUGAGAGGCGUCCCUGGAUCCGUGGGGGCCCAAGGCAAGCCCGGGGCCACGGGCCAGGCAGGGCCUCCAGGACCUGUGGGCCCUCCUGGACUGCCUGGGCUGAAGGGGGAGACCGGACCCAAAGGAGAGAAGGGCCACCCAGGCCUCAUCGGCUUGAUCGGACCGGCAGGGGAGCAAGGGGAGAAGGGGGACCCGGGCACCCCCGGCCCCUCAGGCAGCAAGGGGCCUAAGGGAGAGUCCGGAAUUCCUGGACCGACCGGCCCUCUUGGCCCCGCAGGACCUCCUGGACUUCCUGGUCCCCCUGGUCCCCAGGGCACCAAAGGAGCCACGGGUGAAGCGGGACCCAAAGGACAGCGGGGCGUCCCUGGCCCCCCUGGGAACCCGGGUCCCCCGGGGGAGACGAUCCAGCCGCUGCCCAUCCAGCGUCCCAGGAAGAGCCGGCGCUCGGUGGAUGGCAGCCAGCUGGUGCCGGAGGAGGAGUUGGCGGCGGACGGGGCAGGCCAGCCGGCCUCCUGGCGCAUCGAGGACAUCUACGGCUCCCUCGACUCUCUACGCCGGGAAAUCGAGGAGAUGCGGAAGCCGCUGGGCACCAAGGACAGCCCGGCCCGCACCUGCCAGGACCUUUGGCUGGGCCAGCCCAAACUGCCAGAUGGCGAAUACUGGAUUGACCCUAAUCAGGGCUGUUCCCGCGACUCCUUCAAGGUCUACUGCAACUUCACGGCGGGGGGCGAGACCUGCGUGUUCCCCAGCCAGGAGGCUCGGGAGUUUUCGUAUGUGGAUGCAGAGGGCCGCCCACUGGGCGUGGUGCAGCUCUCUUUCCUGCGGCUGCUGAGCACCUCUGCCCGGCAGAACUUCACCUACCUCUGCCAGCACUCAGCUGCCUGGCACAGCCCUGACCCCCCUGCAGGGGGCUACCAACACGCCCUGCACUUCCGGGGUGCCAACGGAGAGGACCUGAGCUACGACAACAGUCCGUACGUCAAGGCCCUGGUGGACAGCUGUGCGGCACGGAGAGCGGCCGGAAAGACGGUCCUCGAGGUCAACACUCCCCAAGUGGAGCACCUGCCCUUGCUGGACGUGCGUGUGGUGGACUUUGGCGCACCCAGGCAGCGCUUCGGCUUUCAAGUGGGGACUGCCUGCUUCCUUGGCUAGAGUGGAGCCCCUGUGCGGCAGGCAGGCCUCACCCAAGAAGGGCCUUCCUGGUGCCCACCAAG